UUUUAAAUACUUAGGUCAAAGUCUUAAAUAAACCAAGCUUAAAUAGUCUUAAACAAGUAUGAGUUUCUAACUUGACAUAGUUGAGAUAGGAAAAUGUGGUACAUUUUUCAGGCUUUCUAAUUUUUGAGAAAUUUUAGACCGCUUACUUUAAUAAUUAAGAUGGCGUAAACUGACUAAUGAUUAGAUUGGAAACGUUGAAAAAUGGACCUUUUUAUAAAAAUGGCCUGGAUCUUCAUGACCUUGACAACAGCAGGUGCUACACCCUUUGAAGACACGGCAUUCCAUUUAGCAAAAUCAUUGGUUCUGAAACCAAAUAGUAUUUUACAAGGUCUUGCUUUGCACCGAGUCAAGCGAACCCCUGACUAUGAAGAGUUUGAUUUUAAAAAUCUGGGAAUUAAUGUGAAACUAAAAGAUGUUAACACAAAUACCAAUGCUGGACAUAUUGCAGACAUUACUGUUAAUGACCUGGCAAAGCUGCAUCUUCCAUGUAUUUAUGGUAAAGUUCUCAAACUAAAUAUCGAAUAUAACCAAAACCAAGAACAACUCAAUACAACUGUAAAAUAUAUUUUUCCAGAAAGAAAUAAUUUCUCUGGAACUUUUGAAUUAGAACAAACCAAAUUAGAAAACACAUUACAGACAAAACUAAAAUAUCUGAACAGCCCCUGGAAGGUGGAUAUCCAAUCAGCAGACAAGAUGCAUCAGGCAGUGGUUUCUGUAAGCGAGCAUAACAAGUAUACUAUCAAAGCUAACAUAGAUCCUGGAGUAAUAAUAAGUUUAACAGUGGAAGACCAGGCUGGCAACAAUGUGGUUGAUUUACUGAUAAAUGUUCAAAGCUGGGAAACAAAGAUUAGAGUAGAUGACUCUGUAUACCAACUAUUUCCCUCUGAUUUUAAAGGGAAAAAGUUCAGUGAACUAAAAAUGGAAGACCAUGUUGAUUUUAUAGAAAUUUCAUUUUUUAGCGGAACCUUGAAAUGCAACCUAGAAUUUUCAAAACAAACAGGAAACAUUAAAAUGUCUGCUUAUUUUAAUUCAAGGGUUUUACUUGACUUAAGAUUUGAACAGAAAAAUGACAAGAUAGAUGAGUAUUAUCAUGAAUAUGAGAUGUCCUAUCAGUUAGGCAACCUUCUAUUCAACUAUAAGAUUCACGGCAAAAUAAGGUUUCAAAAAAAGGUUGAAAGACGAGUGGACGAUGGCAAUUAUAUGAAGCAAAUAAUGAUGAAUAUAACAUGGCUUCCAAUAUAUCCAUACCAGCAAGAACUAAAAUUAGAAAUGUUUAUGGAUGGUAAUUAUGGUUAUAAUGUACACAAAACAUACAAAUCAAUUAAAAUAAAAGCAUCAGAACAAAGAAACCAGAUGUUUGCUGUUGAGACAAAUAUUACAUACACAACUAAAGAUCCAUGGAAGGGUUCAUUCAACGCAGAAGUUUUAUUUAAUUCAUCAUUUGCUCAAGGUCUAAGAUACUACAACAAGUAUAUAGAUUUCUCUCAAGUUUCUCUCACAGCUGAAGUGGAUUCAAAUUCAGCCUCUGUUUAUAUAUUUAAGAACAAAUAUCCUCUUUUCAACAUAGAUAUUAUGAGGAAACUGUAUCAAUACUGUGUCAAAAUGUCAGUAUUUGAGAUUUAUAAAUCAAACCCUCUAUUUCCCUAUUCUAUUCAAAACCUGUUUGGUGACCAAGAAAGUUUUGAUAUUCAUGAAUUUGACUUUGAAGUUAACAGCAACACUCGGUAUAUAGGAGUUUCUGGAGUUCUCAGUACAAGUGAAACCAUCAGUAAAUUAGAUUUCAAAAUGGGAAAAAAUUUAAGAAGUGGAAAAUUUGUCAUCACAGCAAAUGAUCAUGUUUGGCUUUAUGCUGAAUUGAAGGAAGAUGGUAACCUAACAAAUCAUUUGGAGGUUCAAACUCUGCUUGGUAUAUUCACAUGUAAUUACAGGAUCAUAGAUAAUGGGAACUCACCAAUCAGCUUUCUAACUUUUCUUCAACAAUUGUUCAGAAAUGAAAAAAAUCUGUAUGAGAUUGAGUCGACCCAAAAUGCGAUUUUAGUAGAUUAUGAAAGUUUAAACAGCUAUAAAGUUCAAAUUAAGACGGGAGAAGAUUUUGAACUCAACCUGGAUUCUAGUACGUCAAUCACCAUCACUAAUUAUAAUUAUGAUUAUGAUUAUCUGAAUAUUAGAAAAGAGGCUCAGAAGAUAAAUAUAUAUGAAAAUGGAAAGUUUUACCUGGACCCAAGUUCUACGCCCUUUAGGAUCUCAGCUAAUUACGAAUUUAAAGAAGAUGAUAAGAAAGAAAAAAUGUUAGAUCUUGAUUUUAGUAUAACAACUGCCAAUGUGUGUAAACUCUUUAUUUAUAAUUUAGUUGAUUUAGAGGCAGAAGUAGGUGGUCUAAAUUACAUUUCUCUCAAGUCAACCAUAACGAAUGUGAACAAUCUUACAGUAACUAAUGCUGGAGAGUCCGCCUUUAUAAACUUAAAUGGUGUUCAAUUGUUCUCAUUUGAAGUAGCUUCAAACACAGAAAACUUUGAAAUCAAGAUGAAUAUUCCAAACUCGCUGAUAUCAGACUCUACUACCGUUGAUAUUGAUAAACAAGAUGUGUUUACAGUUGUUGUUUACUCCAGUGCAACUACAAUACUGGGAAUGUAUAUCAAGGGAAGAGAUAACUGCAUAAAUGAUUACAGAACUCCAUCACUAGAAUUAUCCAAAUAUCAUAAGGUGAGGUUGAAUAUUGAAUCAAUGAUGUUAGGUUCAUGGAGGGGGGCAACCAACCUAUACAGAUGUAUGGGUAAUGAAUUUGCUUGGAGACUUGUUUGGAUGGGAGCAGGUAUAAUAGAAGAUCAAGAUCCAAUUGAAGAGAAGAACAUGGAUUAUGGAAUUGAAUAUUAUGAUAUGAAUACUAUAGAUAGAUAUGACCAGUAUAAACCAGAAUAAAUGUUUUCAUUGUUA